AUGUUUCGAUUUCCCAAAUCUCUCGAUAUUAUCAGCCUCUUCCACAAGGCUGGCUCUCCAGCUUCUGUGAGGGCUGCCACAGUACUAAAGCAGGCCUCGGCCAAUGCUACCGAGGCUGCCACCGAGGACCAGGCCAGCGAUCACUCGCACCAAACAGACCCCCAUCGUGCUAGCUUCGAAUUGAACAUUACCGAGGACCUUCCUACUACCGACCAACUUCAGACUAUUCUUGAAUAUGUUGGCAAAAACAAGAUCAGCUCUGUGAUAGAUGGGGCCUACACGGAGAGAGAUGCUCACAAGAAGUACAAAGAGAAUGCCGAAAGUUUCCAGCGCCCAUUGAUUGUCGACUGGAACAAUGGCAGGGUCCUUGUUUCGGAUAAGGAGUCAGAGAUACUCAAGAUGUUGAACAAUUUGAAUAAAAAAUAG